AUGAUGACAAAACCCAGCUCGACGAUCCGACUUUCCAUCAUGAAAGUAUUGGCUACUGUCAUUCUUCUGGCAUGCAUCAACGCGUCCCCCGCAGCGUCGGGAGCCAAGUCGCAGCCUCUUGCAAUCAACUCUGAACGGAACGAUGCCUCUGUUCAGCGCUUCUUGCGGACGGCCCCAGUUGAAGAGAGGAGACUUGCUAUUAAUCUCUCGGGAGUCGGACAAGCCGCAAGUGGCACGAGGUCUUGGGCUGCGAACCUCCUUCACACUCUUCAGCAAAAGUGGUCACAACGCCGAAUGAAAUCCCCGAAUGAUAUGUUCACGAAGCUUAAACUCCACAAGACGGGGAACCAACUGUUUAACAGCCCAAGUUUUUCCAAGUGGGUCAAUUACGUCAAUAAGAACAGUAAAGAGACUCCGGAGAUGGCAAUCUUUUCGACGCUUGCAUAUCACUACAGCGACGAAGCUUUGGCCAAGAUGCUUGAUGCCGCAAAGAAGGUCGACGGCACGAGCGUUCUUGCUACAAAACUGGAGAAACUUCAGACCACGAAUUGGCUCUACGCUAAAGAAUCCCCUGACUACGUUUUCAAGGUUCUGGCGCUCGACCAAAUGGGAUCAAAAACCUUUUCAAGCCCCCAGUUCUACAGGUGGAUGACCUUCAUGUCUAAAUCCGAUACAAUCGACCCGGAGAUGGCCAUGUACAGGGUACUGGGAACAUAUCAUAGCGAUGCCGCCCUGGCAAAGAUGUUCGCUGCAGCCAAACAAGCCGAAAGCACACGAGCCCUUGCUGCACAACUGGAGAGAAUUCAGUUGAAAAACUGGGUUCGUGGUGGAGAAUCUCCUAAUGCCGUUUUCAAAGCUCUGGCACUUGACCAAAUGGGGACAAGCAUUUUUUCAAGUCCGCUGUUUUCCAGGUGGGCGAAUUUCGUUACUAAAACCAGCCCAAACCACCCGGACGUGACCAUGUACAGAACGUUGGGAACCUACUACAGUGACGACAUUCUAGCGAGGAUGUUUGCAAUGGGUAAACAAGUCGAUAGUACAAAAACUCUUGCCACUAACCUGGAGAACAUUCAGCUAACGAACUGGGCGAACGCUGGUAAAUCUGCAGAGAGCGUCUUCAAUACUCUCAAGCUAGACAAGACCGGUGGCAGGCUAUUUGAGAGUCGAGUCGUAAACACCUGGGCCAGCUAUGUGACCAAGACGCACGACGAUCCGAACGCAAUUAUGCUCGCGCUGUUAAAAGAUAAGUAUCACGAUGUGCCUCUGGCGAAGAUGAUUGCGGCGGCAACCAAGGUUGACAGGACGGAGAAUCUGGUCGUGGGUUUGCGUUCUGAGCAGUUUAAAACCUGGUUCAGCCAAGGCAAAAAACCGGAGCACGUCAACAUUCUGUUGAAUACAGCAGCCAACACCGAUGACCUGACUAAGAAGGUGUCGCGAGACUACGAGAUUUUCUAUGGCAAGAUAAAGGUAGCUGACACAGGUGCAAGGCCGGCAAGUAGACCUACGAAUGGAAUUCGUAUCAAUUAGUCUUGCCUGAUAAAUCGAGUCAACCAGCACGUGCUUUUGGCAGAUUAGUUGCAAUUGUCUGAGGGUUG